GGCCGGGCCCGAUUGGUCCCUGCGAGGGCCCAGGACCCCCCUCCUCCCUCCCGCCCCCCUGCUCCCUGCCUCCCUCUCCGUCGUCGUUGCCGGAGCUUCCCCCGAGCCGCCGCCAGGAAGGAGCGCGCCACCGUCGUCCCGAUGGGCCGUCCGUCUCGUCCGUCGUCCGUCUGGCCGGACCGGCCGGCCGCGUGGCCCUGGCCUCGCGCAGGGAGGCUCUUGUUGUGUUGCGAGCGAAAGGGGUUGGGGUCGCGGACUCCAACCCCCUACAGUGUCCUGCAACGCCGGGGGUCACCGCCCGCCGCGUCCAGUGGUCGCCGGGACCGAGACUCCACGCAGCACUGUGUCGACGGGUGGGAUCUGCACUUCAUAGUGUGGCGCCGCCGGAUGUCGGAUGCGGGCUGCAGGAGCUGGCAGGUCAGCAUACGCGGAGGUCAGUCACUGCGUGUGACAGAAUGCAGCGUCAGACAUUGUGGUCAGGUCAAGGGCACGGAAACAAAAGACUCAACUCGAGCUGGUAAAACAAGUAGGAUAUCUAGCCUUUAAGGGCACUAAAGCGCCAAAGGCUUUGACAGUUCGUUUUUUUGAAAUAUUUUUC